UGGGGAUUUAGCUUCAGAAUUGCAAUUCCUUCAAGGUUUGUGGUGGGAGUAGUUUCACCUCAUGGCAAUGAAAGUGCCGAUUGCUUUAAAAGGAAAGAAGACUGCAAUGCUUGGUGGUCGAUUGCCUGCAGAGGCAAGGGCUGUUUCGCCUGGCAUCCAGCCAGCGGAAGUUGACGUUUUUGAGCUUGAAGAGUUGCCGCCGCCGGCCUUUCAGCGCUCAAGAUCUCAAUCUUCGACAAGGUCUUCUGUUCCGUCAGCAUCGACAGGUUCCCCAAGGAACGUUGAUAGUGCAGCAGAGGAGCCCUAUGUCAGCUCUGCAGUGUCAUUUGCAAGGAGUACUCAUUCAAGCUCGUCGGACAAUGAGCGCAAGAGCAAGAAGAAUGCAUUGGCGAGCCGAUCGCUGGCACCACCAAUAUGCCAGCGACAUCAGGAUUCUUGGUGCGUACAUUCUUCGAGUUCGCUUCUCCUAGCAAGAUCUCGAAUGGCAGUGCAGAAGAAUGACUUGCUUGACAGGCGACACAGCUUCUAUCGGGCUGCGCUGAUUCGGGCAAACGCUUGCCGCUUGUCUGACAGAUUCUGCAUUAGUGACCCAAACACUUUGGUGGGCAAGGGCACUUUUGGGAGGGUCUAUGAAUGUGUUGACUUUGGCCUGAGUGAAGUGAGCUGCCAGGAAUCUCCUGCACGCUCGGAACACAUACCUGGCCACGUGCAAAAGCGCGACAUUUGGAGUGUUGGGACCAUCUUGUAUCAAAUUCUAGCAGGCAGCAGGCUGUUUCCUCAAGCUGAGGAGAAAGAAACAAACCUUGGUUUGUUGCCGUGCGCAACGAACCCAAACUAUGUGCCUGCGCGACUCAAGGAGUUUGACUCUUCGGACGAGGAUUCUAUGACAUUUGCAGAUUUCCGAGUUGUCAUGACACCGGUCAACUACAAGCCACCCGUGGUUUCUGCCGCCUUCUGGGCCGAUGUCCCAGACUUUUCAAGCCCUCUUCUUGGGGCGAAGAAGUCUCCGUAUGCUGCAUCGAAGCAUCAGGAACGCAUUGGGUGUUCGUCGGACCCUGAACAUGAUGCACCACCGCAAGCAAAGGCUGUUGUAAGCAGAGUGACAUCAGCCCCAUCACUGGCAUUCAAUAUUCGGCAAAACCCAGGGUUCCAUCGGACAACGUUGCGCCCAUACUAUGAGUCGCAGCCUGUGUCAAAUGUUGUUUUGGGCCUUGCCUCUGGUUCGUCUGGUUAUGCACGACGUGCAGUUCAAUUGGGCUGCUCUGAGUUGGUCGAAACAGAGCAUGGCGCAUUUUUCUUCAUGCCAAAUCCAAAGUAUCACUGGACUCCAGAGGCAGCUUUCAACGAUGAGCGCAAGGCGAGAUUCGUUGCCUGGUGGAUUCACCCGGACUUGUGUGCGAUGCUGAAAUCAUGGACUGGACAAGCUACCAGUGGUAGCGAUGAUUGCAACUUAGGUGAUUUGGAGUCCGGGGUUGGUGCGCCCGGGGACUUUGGAUACUCCCAAGUUCAGAAGCGCCCGGAUUACUUGCACACCUGCCGGGACUUGUGCGGUGUCGCGCACAUAAGGUUGCUGGAUGCCCUUACUUUCGGCACCAAGCAAUAUCUCGAGAGGAUGUUUGGAGAGUCUCUGCCAGCUGCUCAUGUUUCAGCGGGCUUUCACUAUCCUGUUCGACCGCAGUAUAGCACGCUCCACCUGCAGAUUCGAGUCAAUUCCGGUGACGUGUGCCCAGGUGAAGGGCGAGGAGUGGACUUGUUCAGGCUGCAAAACCGGCUGGAAUCGGAUCCAGAAUGCUUCCAAAGAGAUGAUGAGAGGCUUUUCUAUGAGGCAACUGCAAAUCUGCGAACUGCCUUGCUGAAAGCCUGUGACAAGGCUGGUACAGCUGCCCGCGAGGUAGGACCUAUGUCACUGGUCCUUGGAAGCGGGCGUGCCUGAUGCAUGUGUUGUAAGCAAGGCGCCAGCAUCCCGUACGAUGGGACGAUGUAUAGUUUGCAAUCUGACUCCUUGCUCGCCGCGCUCCAAUCCUUGGGAUUCACAAGCGCUCUGCAGCUGGAAUCUUCAGGGGUUCUGCAGCGGUUCAACAAUUGAUUUCGAGCGCAGGAUUUUGAGUUCGCCCUGCAUUGCAAAUAUCGUUGAGCA